CUGAUAGAGCCAUUUUCUUCAUUCAAUACAGAGACCACAAAAGGAAAAAUAAAAACACCACCUUCAUGUUAGGAUUGAAAACAAUUAAUUAAGCAUAAAAUGGCUCUUCAAAGUGAUCAUUUAGAUUUUUCUGGUCUAUUUAAAUUAGAUGUAUUGAUACAUCUAGAUAUUACUACUUACAGUUUCUAUGAAGUGGGUCAUAAAAAGUUUUUUGCCUUUACCAGUGAUAAAGAAUUGGUGUUCAUGUAUAUUAAUCCUCAAUUAGAAAGAUUUGAGAAGAAUUAUGACUGGGAUUUCUUCGACAAUCCAAUUUACUGUAUGUGUUUUGAACCAAGUGGUACAUGGGUGAUAAUUGUUAGUGAACAAAAGGUUCUACUGGUGCCAUAUCUUCCUCUUUUUAUUCCUCAAAACACUUUUGACUAUAAAUGGUCACUAUCAAGAGUUACCGUUUUGCCACUGGGAAAUAUAUCAAAGCCAACGUCACUGGUGUGUUGGUUGACUAAGGAGUCUGAAACUGUAUUGAUUAUUGGAUCAAAGACGGGCACAGUAACAUUUUAUUCUCUAGAUUCGCAAACUAUUGUAGGAGAGUGCAAAGUGCCAGGAGAAAUAACAGACUUACAGAUAUGUUUUGAUGAUUCUUUGGAUUUGUUAACACUCUUGAUAUCUAUUAGUUCAGCACAACAGUGUAAGUUGGUGUUGGAGCACCGGUCUUUUGGCUACAACUGGCUGCAACAAACUCGGGCACAGAAUGAUAAAGAUAAAAGAGACAGCUUCAUGUCUUACAUCAAGCAGUUGUCCAAGGAUAAAAUAACUUUCUUUAUACAGGGUGGUUCCAAAGAUGAUAAUAAGUCACAAACAGUGGAAUAUGUGUUGAAGCCAACAGAGUAUUUGCCUCUAUUUCGUAAAGGGUCCAACAACUGGGCAUUAACAGCACAAUAUGUAAAUGGUAGACAUUUCUUGACAGCCUUCGAGUUAACUGAAGGAACACUAAUUUUAGAAAGUCCAGAAGAAGAUACCCCUUCAAGAACUUUAAGGCCUCAUAUUAAAAAGGAUGGUUUAUACAUACAGGGUCUAUGGUCACAGAGGAUAAUAUACCUAGUGAGAAAGAAAGAAAUAGAAGUGCACUCAGCCAGUUUUUCUGUUAUUCAGGGUGAAGCUCUAUUGGGUGCUAAAAGGGAUACUUCAGAACUCUGGCGAGCGGAAUUAAUCGGUGAUGUGAAACGAGCACACUUGAUGUCAGCUCGCGAGCCUCCCGCCAUGUCCGGCGGGUGGCGGGAGCCGACCUUCAUGUGUGACUUGCAAUUGCCACGGUUCAGUCUCGAGUCUUGUCUCAUAAUCACCAAUAAAGGAGCCUAUAUUUUGAAUACAGUGAGUGAAGCCUGCGAAUGGUUAGUUGGUGUGAUAAUGCGCGGCGGUGUGGGCGCGGAACAAUCUUGCGCCGCACUAGGGGCGCCCUUGCCCGCAUUGCUACGUGCCGCCGCAGACAUGCUACUGUCUCGAGGAAAGAUGCAGCCUGCUUUGUACCUGUAUUCAUUGUCACAAAGUCAGCCGGACGGAUGGGUUGCUCGUCUUGGAGUAUUCGGUAGACUUAACGAGUUAGCAGUUUACAAGCAGACUGGCAAUAUAGGUAGUCUUGGCGACGCUGCUAUAACUGUCAAACUUUUAGCUUCACUGCUAAACAUGACUGUUGAUAACCAGGAUAACUUUGAUACUGACGUCAAGUUAACAGCAUUGAGUCCAAUAGAAUUACUGGAGCUAUCGUCUUUCGCUGCUUCAGUGGGACUUUGGGACAUGCUACCAAUGUUCAGUAUUCAUCGCGGGUAUCCUAACUUGUUACUAUCGGCCUUAAAGUCCCGGAGUGAUAUCUGUCGCGGUGCCAUCAACUGCCUAUUGGGACAACGGUGCUUAGUACCUUUAUUGCUAGAAGAAAAUGGACAAUGGCUCUUUGACUACAUCGUUGAAAACUGUAAAAAGUUCGAUACUCAUAUUUUGAAGUGUCUAUCACUAUGGUUGAACCCAUUACAAGAUCAGUUACGGCCAGUAAUGCGUGAUUUGAAACAAGGAAUAACUUCGAUUUAUACGACAAGGUUGCAGCAAUUGAUAGCCACUUUUAUACACAUUGCAUGUGUCAUAGACGCAAGGGAUCCAUGUCCUGAAAUACAUUUAGAAGUUACACAAACUCCCGAGACUUGGAAGAAUCAGUUUACUCCCAAAAGAGGUUUAAGUUGUGGUCUGGCUCAUUGGGCAGUGGUGGAUGAAGGAAACGCGAAGAUAAUGAUGACAAAUACACCGAUAAACACGGAACUGAUUGGGAGAGUCAUUGAUGUGGCGUGCGGCAGACAUCAUACUUUGGUGUUGACGGAAAAUGGGAUAUACGCGGCUGGCGACAAUUCGUUCGGCCAGCUAGGCGUGGGCGCGGCGUGGAGUGGCGGUGUAGGCGAGGCGGCCGUGUCCAGCGGCGCCCUGCGGCCGACCGCGGGGAACUUCACCGCGCCACUCCUUGCACUGGCUGCGGGACACUAUCAUUCAGCGGCACUUGAUGUCGGUGGACGACUUUACACUUGGGGAUGGGGUGUCCAUGGCCAGUUGUGUCAUGGCACCAUUGACGACGAGUGGACACCAAAGUUAGUCACAAAGUUCCAAGGUAGAAAGGUACUAAGUGUGGGAUGCGGUGCUUGUCAUACAGUGGUAUUAAUGAAGAACGGCGAGGUAUGGGCGAGCGGUGCCGGAGUGUUCGGUCAGCUCGCCACUGGAGGCCGACACAAGUCCUCUGUACCUGUACGCGUGCGGUUACAAGAUCCUGCUAAAUCCAUCGCUGUUGGAUACUUCCAUAACUUGGCGUUAACAAGUAAAGGUGAGGUUUGGAUAUGGGGAGCGAGUCCCCAACAAGUCCGAGCUGCGGCGGCGCGGCGACAAGCGGAGCCUUCACCCGACUUACCAUCACCAACCUCGCCUACCGCGCCUACAGCACAACCCGACCCACAUCUACUGCCAUACCGGCUUGAUACUACUCAUAUACGCGGGGAAAUUGUACAGAUGGCGGCCGGUUGGCAUCACUCAUGCUUACUAAAUAAUGCUGGUACGCUGUACACUUGGGGUCUCAACUUCGAUGGACAGUUAGGAAGUGGAGACCGAAAGCAAAUCACGAUUCCUACUGAAGUAAAAAUGGUUACCGACUCUCAAACAGAUAUUGUUAAAAAUAACACCGCUAAAACACCAGACAAUGAAAUAAAAGAUUUUAAAACGAGUGCCCUGGUAGCUUGUGGAGGGGACUUCACCGUUUAUAUUGACAACGAUGGCAAAAUAUUUGCCUCUGGUAACACUCACCUGCAGCCUCACAGCGAAAAGGACAAAGGAGGCAACCGCGUUAUAAUGAUGAAAACAACAAAACGUGUUAUUAAAAUCCCAGCGAGUCGCAGCAGCAACAAAUUCUUGUUCCAACCUAUUGACAGAAUCGAUAUCAUGUUUCCGUUCGAUAUCGAAGAUUUACAAAGGAACCCAAUUGAAGCCAGACUAAACCCACUAGCUUCCAUGGCAGAUUUCAAAAAGAAAUCGUGGGCUGACGAUAUGAUCCUCAUACUGAAACCUUGGCUAAACAAGGACAAUUUCAAAGACAAUUUAAAUUUAGCGUCCAAGUUCGCGUACCAUAACAAAAUAUACUCAGAAUGCUUAAGGUUGUUAUUAGAUCACUUAAAAUGUGAAGUACAAAAUGAUCAAACAUAUGUUACACAUACUACUAUAGAAGAAGAUGGAGAAGCGAAUAAGGCGGCUACACCUUCUACACAAGAACAACUCAAGUUGGCAAUAAAAAGCAUUAUGGCAAAUCGUAUCAAAGAAGUGUCAAUGUCUAUUCUCAAUGAAGUGCCGUAUCCGCUGAUAGAUCCUUCUGUUUUCAAAACUCUACCUUGUUGUUGUGAUGAAUUAAAAUAUCGCAAGAAAGGAGCAUCUUCGAAAACGACCGUCAACUUACCAGAAAUUGACAUUUCUGUAAAAGCAGCUGAGAUAAUAGACAAAUGUAUGAGCAUCUUCCCUGUAGACACAGAGCUGUGGGAAGUAUGCUUCCGACUUUCUAAAAAUUACUUCUUAGAAAAUCAUUUGUCUAUAUCAAAACUGGAGGUUGUGUUGCGUAAGUAUAUGGAAUCUAACGCCACAACAAUGGCGGCAGCCAUCAUGUACUCGAACGAUUGUAACCAAUACAGCAAAAUACUAUCGCCAACAUUUUACUUGAAUAUGUGCAAUCAAGUUUUGAAUACUUGGGGUUGAUCCUCAUACUAAUACUCUCAUUUAUAUCUGUAGACAAUUUAAUCUCGAAUAUAAAUGUACUGUAAUUGCGUGCCAUUAAUCUCGAAUCAAACAGUUAAUAGUAUAAAUAUCUUCUGUCUUACAUAUAUUUAAGAUAGAUUAGGUAUCCAUAAUCUUAUCUAAAUUCUAAAUGUGAAAAACUCCAAUAAUCAAAAAGUACUUUAAUUAAAUGAAAUGGUUUUCAUGGAAACAUGUCAUCAGUAUCGAUAUAUUAUGGCCAUUAAAGUACAGGCGUACAACUACCCUCUCUCUUAUAAUAAAUACUCGAAUAUUUUUAUUGAUGUUUAUCAAAUCAAUGUAGUAAAACAUAAUCUUAGACUGAAUAUCUUCAGUUAUUUUUAUAAUAUAUUACGUAGAUGUGCUACCACUAGAAAAGGCUGCUAUUUUUAUUACACCUUUGUAAUAAGAUAGAAAUUAUUCAAUUGUCAUAAUUAUUGCAAUGUUUUCUUUGUGAAUAGUGGUUGUUUUCUUAUUAUUAAUAUCUAUUUGUAUGUUUGUUAACACUUACUAACGUUAAUUUUUACUUAUUUAAUACUCACAUCGUGUUUUAUUAAUGUCGAAUUUUAUCUAUUAUUAUCGUUUAACAAUAUUUUAUAGUGCCAUCUUUGAAGUAUUGCGCAGUUGUUUUGUUUAAAAUGUGAUUUAAUUUUCUCUAGUGUUCGAAUUUAUUAAACUACACGUAGUUUAGUGCCGUCCCUUUUACUCUAUACCGUGCAAGAAAUAGGAGUGAAAACUGUUUAUUGGCAAUCAUGAUUUGUAUAAGACUAUUCAUCACAUAGAUAUUUUUUACUUUCGUGGGAAAUAUUGUGAUAAAUAGGCUGUUGCCUCUGGAAUCCGGGUCAAAUAUCAACCUUCUUGUGAACUCACACUUUGUCCUCACUUCUACACCGCCAGGCCAUCUUAUGUAGCGGUACAGCAGUCCUACAUAAAAGCAAGUGAACGUAAGUUCUGUGCUGUGAGUCUCACUAUCAAAGUAGCCCCUAAAAUGUUGUUUUUGUUUUAAUCGAACAAUUUAUAUUGUAUUAGGUAAUUAUUAUCUGUAAUAUUUCUGUUAUUGAUAGAUUUUAUACAUUAUUUCCUUUUAAUUUGUUGUCAUAAUUAAAUCUAGUCAUUAGUUUAAUUUCAAAUGUUAUAAAUCAUUACUAGGGCAAUUAACUUUUGUUUAUUGUUUGGUUAGAAUAAUAAUGCUGGUAAAUGUUUGUAUAUCGAAUUCCUUACUUAUAAUCUGCAUGCACUUUUGUGUUUUUGAUGUGUAACAACAUCAAGUGAAUCGGUUUCUGUAGGCCGUAUUUCUUUUUUAUUUGAUUGACAAUAUUUAUAUGACUUAAGUUAAUAAACUCGCAGCAUAAUUUUA